AUGAUUAUAUUGUUAUCUCAGAAGCCGCAACGGAGGAUUGCUAUUGUCUCGCAGUCCUAUGCGUUAAUCUUGAAAUCAGUCGGCGAGGAUGUGUCUAAUAGACCCCGUUGUGCUAUUGAGCUUGUACCAAAGAAUGAUCUGAACAACCAGGGCUUCAAGAGACUUUCAAACCAUGAAAUUCACGGCUUCAUUGGGCUUAUUGAGAUCGAAGGAUUGAUUUUUGUAGGGACGAUCACAGGUAAGUCGAAGGUGGCCCAGCCUAUACCGGGAGAGACUGCAAACAAGAUCUUUGCUGUUGAUUUCUUUUGUCUCAACGAUGGACGCUGGGAUUUUGUCGAAAUAGAAUCAUCAGGAUACCCUGCUAUGACAGACGCAGAACGCAUGCACAAAGACUCGCCAGAGUUUCAGGAGGCGUUACCAAGACACCCGUGUUACGAGCUUAGAAAGUUAUUAUCGAAUGGCUCUUUUUACUAUAGCUCUGAUUUUGAUUUGACCUCAAAUUUACAGCAGCGCGGAUUUAGCGAAUACUCUCUCAGUGCAGAUAACUUCCAGGAGGAGUACAUGUGGAAUUCCUUUCUCAUGCAAGAGAUUAUUACUUAUAGAGAUAGACUUGAUGCGAACCUGAAGCAAAUUUUGGACGAAGAAGGAUUCUUGACUACUGUCAUCCGCGGCUUUGCGGAAACUUUUGUCACGUACAUCAAGAAGUUAAAAGUCGCCAUGACAGUGAUUUCGAAACAAAGCUGGAAAAGAGCAGGAACGCGAUUUAAUGCUCGAGGAGUCGACGAUGAAGGAAAUGUGGCGAACUUUGUAGAAACCGAGCUGAUAAUGUAUUCUUCUCAGUACUGCUAUGCCUUCACGCAGAUAAGAGGCAGCAUACCGGUUUUUUGGGAGCAGGACACUUCUCUUCUGAAUCCAAAGGUGCAGAUAACAAGAUCUAUGGAGGCUACUCAACCAAUUUUUGAUGAGCAUUUCAUUAAGUUGAUUGAUCAAUAUGGUCCAGUCCAUGUCAUAAAUCUUCUUUCAACGAAAGCUUCCGAGGCUGAACUUUCACAGAGAUACAGAGCUCAUAUCACGAAGUCCAAGAAACUGAAAAUGAACCACAACGUUUUUUUCACGGAUUUCGACUUCCACAGGGAGACCGCCCAGGAAGGUUUCUCAGCGGCCGGCAAAUUGAUACCUAAGAUUUUAGAUUCUUUGAUGGUCGCUGGGUACUUUUCCUACGAUGUGAAGGAGAAGAAAACCAUUUCAGAGCAGCAGGGCAUCUUCAGAACCAACUGCUUGGAUUGUUUGGACAGAACCAACUUGGUGCAGCAGAUCAUUUCACUUGCUGUAUUCAAAACAUUCCUGGAGGAUUUCCAUUUGCUAGAUACGGGGUCUUACACGGAUUCAGAUGACUUCGUUUUGAAACACAAUACUCUCUGGGCAGAUCAUGGUGACCAAAUAUCCCAAAUUUAUACAGGUACAAACGCAUUGAAGUCAUCUUUCUCCAGGAAGGGCAAAAUGUCCUUUGCUGGAGCCUUAUCAGACGCUACUAAAUCGGUUAGCAGGAUGUAUAUUAAUAACUUCAUGGAUAAAGGGAAGCAGCAGAAUAUUGAUGCCUUGUUAGGUAGGUUACCGCAUCAACAGUGUGUUCAGCUAUAUGACCCAAUAAAUGAAUUCGUGACAUCGAGGCUUCUGGAACUAUCAGAUCGAUUUACUUCGCAAUCGUCGAUCAAUCUUUUGGUCGGUACCUAUAAUGUCAAUGGUACUUCACGGCAUGCCGACUUAUCCAAGUGGUUAUUUCCGAUUGGCGAUAAGUUCAAACCUGAUAUAGUGGUCUUGGGUUUGCAAGAAGUGAUUGAACUCACUGCAGGCUCAAUCUUGAAUGCAGACUACUCCAAAGGCUCUUUCUGGGAAAACAUGGUAAGCAAGUGCUUGAACCAGUUUGACGAAAAAUACUUGCUCUUGAGGGUGGAACAGAUGUCUUCACUGAUCAUUCUUUUAUUUGUCAAAGGGGAUAAGGCUAAUUUGGUCAGGCAGGUUGAAGGUGCAAAUAAGAAAACUGGUUUUGGUGGAAUUACUGGUAAUAAAGGUGCUGUCGCUAUAAGAUUUGAAUAUGGAGACACGUCAUUCUGUUUUGUGAACGCUCACCUCUCCGCAGGAAUCAACAACAUAGACGAGCGUCGAAACGAUUACGAGAGCAUCAUCAAGGGGAUUAGCUUCACGAGAUCCAAGACUAUACCUCAUCAUGAUUCUAUCUUUUGGUUGGGGGAUCUCAAUUAUAGAAUUUCUCUUUCAAAUGAAGACGUGAGAAGGGAACUAACUUCCAGGGAGGAGGGCUACAUAGACCGACUUCUACGCUAUGACCAAUUAACCCGGGAGAUCAACUCUGGUGUUAUCUUCCAAGAUUUCAGGGAGCCGACCUUAAAAUUUCGCCCAACUUACAAGUUUGAUCAUGGAACGGACAAUUAUGAUAGCUCUGAGAAGGCCAGAACACCUUCUUGGACGGAUAGAAUUAUCUAUAAGGGUGAUAACUUGCAUCCCUUGGCGUAUGCUGAUGCACCUCUCCUCAUUAGUGAUCAUAAGCCUGUUUACGCUGCGUAUCGGGCAAAGGUUACUUACACAAACGAAGCUGUUAAACUGGAUUUGACUAAGCGUUUGUAUAACGAUUAUAAGGCUGCUCAUCCCGAAGAACUAGACAAGCGUGAUAAUCUUUUGAUCGAUAUUGCAAUGGAGAAGGAAAAGACUGCCAAGAGACGUCGCUCAUUGGAUCCGCCAACUAGCGUGACGCUACUUGAUUUCCCCGAUGCACCUGAAAGAAUACUGUCACCAGUUUCAUCGUCAUCAUCCUUAUCAUCCGAAACAUUACAACCAAUGAGAAGAAGUGGCACAAGUUCGUCUACCGAGGGCGCCAAGCCUAGACUACGCCCCCCUCCACCUCCAGCACCAAGAUCCUUAGCAUCAUCGAAACCUGUAGGAGAAUCUGAGGAAGAAGUUAAAAAGGCGGGCGACAAGGAAAAUAUGCAAUCUCUGAGUAGACGUCACUCGCACUCAGCUCCUCCUCCUGUCCCACAACCAAGGAAGCCACUCCCACCAGGAUUUAACGAGACCGUGCUGACGCCUAAAAACACAAGUCGAUCAUCAACACCAAGCAUACCAAAUAUCGAGGUACCCGCUCCGAGAAAGAACUUCAGAAUAGAAACACCAGUUUCAGCGUCGCCUUCUCCCCCUUUUACGGAGACCUCAGGUCCUGCAAAUGCGAAUACAUCCAGCACAGAGGUCCUCGAGCCAGGAACUCCAAAGAAGAAAAUAGCUCCAGCCAAGCCGCUCAAGAAACCAGAAUUGGAGAGUCUGACCAUGAACUCAUGGAAGCCUCUGACCCCUAAAUAG